AUGUCAGUCUCACAGGACCUCUCUAAAGGCAAGCACGAGAAGCAUUCACAAAGAAGACGGACUAUGUUCACUGAGAAACAACUGCAAGAUUUGAACCUCCUGUUCAAUAAGAACCCAUAUCCAGACCCCAGCCUUAAGAAAGAAAUGGCUUCAAAAAUGAACAUACAUCCAACAGUACUGCAGGUUUGGUUCAAGAACCACAGAGCAAAACUCAGGAAAGCAAGAUGCAGGCCUGUUCAAGAAGACUCUCAAUCACAGCAAUUACCUGAGGAUAAAGUCAAGACCAGUCCUUCCCAGAGAAAUAUGCACACACUACCCAGACCCCCUAGUGGUGCCUAUCCCACAGCCCUAGUUUAUAGAGACCAUCUGGUACCCUCAUUCCAGCUCAGUGUAUGCCCCAAUUUUAAGGUCCCCACAGACCACUCCAGCCACAAAAUAGUCCAUUUUGGCUGCUGCCAAGACCCUAAUGUAUACUGCCUCUAUCCCAUUUUGGAAUCCUGA